GCACUGUUACCGCCGAUUAUAUUCGAGGCCAGUUUCUCGCUCAACACGGAUAUGUUCAUGAGCAAUCUCACAUCAAUAUUAGUCUUCGCGUUCAUCGGCACAACCAUAUCGGCCUAUGUUACGUCCAUAGGGUUGUGGACGUUCUCUACUACCUGGCUUGUCGGCCUUAAGAAUACAGAUGCCCUGCGGGGUUACUGUAUGACAUUUGGGGCUCUCAUCUCCA